CCCCUUAGCUGUCAGUAGAAAUGUUUUCCUCAUGUCCAUGGACCAAACUCGGUUUAGCGACCUGCGGCUAGCCACUUAAAUGUAUCCUCCAUUUAAGGGAAACAACUCACCACUAACUUUUGGAGUUUUAACCCAACAAAAAUGUCUAUAGCGAACUGUUUCCGGAGGAUUGGACACAAACUUGGACACUACUGUCGUUACCAGACGCACCCACGGUAACGUACUAUCAACAGCUAAAGUUACGGAGCUUUCAAAAGUUGGCACCGUCCUUUAAGUAGAGUUUUAUUUUUAGUCGUUGUACUUAUCUGUAUUAAAAAUAACUAUGGUCGCUACUUCAACGACGGGGGUAGCAUAGAAAAGGGGUGAAACAGGAAGGAGCCGCUGGGCUGCUCGGUUGCGAUGGGCAACCGCGGGAUGGAGGAUCUGAUCCCGCUGGUCAACCGCCUCCAGCACGCGCUGGGCUCCGCAGGGCAGAGCUGCAGCCUCCACCUGCCGCAGAUCGCUGUGGUGGGCGGCCAGAGCGCGGGCAAGAGCUCCGUCCUGGAGAACUUUGUGGGCAGAGACUUCCUUCCACGGGGUUCAGGAAUGGUCACACGCAGACCUUUAAUCCUCCAGCUGCUUACCGCUGACACUGAGCACGGUGAAUUUUUACAUUGUAAGGGAAAGAAGUUCACAGACUUUGAAGAGAUUUGCAGAGAGAUUGAGGCAGAGACACAAAGAAUCACAGGAUCAAAUAAAGGCAUCUCUCCUGUCCCCAUCAACCUACGGAUUUAUUCACCAAACGUGCUGAACCUGACUCUUGUAGACCUGCCUGGCAUCACCAAGGUGCCUGUAGGCGACCAGCCGGCAGACAUAGAGUACCAGAUACGAGACAUGAUCAUGCAGUACAUCUGUAAGGACAACUGUCUCAUCCUGGCUGUCACGCCUGCCAACACUGACCUGGCCAACUCUGAUGCACUCAAACUGGCCAAAGAUGUUGACCCACAGGGCCAGCGCACGAUUGGUGUAAUCACUAAGCUAGACCUGAUGGAUAAAGGAACAGAUGCCCGGAACAUUCUAGAGAACAGGUUGCUUCCCCUACGCAGAGGUUACAUAGGGGUGGUGAACCGCAGUCAGAAGGACGUUGUUGGGAAAAAGGAUAUUAAAGCAGCCCUGCUUGCAGAGAAGGAUUUCUUCUUGUCCCAUCCGUCCUACAAACACAUGGCUGAAAGCAUGGGCACCCCAUAUUUACAAAAAACACUUAACCAGCAACUGACAAACCACAUCAGGGAAAGUCUGCCAGCCUUCCGCAGUCACCUACAGAGCCAGCUUCUGAGCCUGAACAAAGAGGCUGAAGAGUUCAAACAGUUUAGUCCUGAUGACCCUGCUCGGAGGACCAAGACACUGCUACAGUUAGCUCAGCGCUUGGCUGUUGACUUUGAGAAGCUCAUCGAGGGCUCAGGGGACACAGUGGACACUGUCAAUCUGUCAGGAGGAGCUAAGAUCAACCGAAUCUUCCACGAGCGCUUUCCCUAUGAGCUGGUCCAGAUUGAGUCAGAUGAGAAGAAGCUGCGGCAAGAGAUCAACUAUGCCAUCAGAAAUAUCCACGGUGUCAGGACAGGUCUGUUCACUCCUGACAUGGCCUUUGAAGCAAUAGUGAAGAAACAGUUAUCAUGUUUAAAGAAGCCCUGCAUUACAUUUGUUGACAUGGUCAGUCAAGAACUAAUCUCCACUCUGUACCAGUGCAUCAACAAGCUCAGUUCUUUUCCCAAACUGCAAGAAGAAACGGAGAGACUUGUUACCACUGAAAUACGAGAGCAAGAGAGUAAAUGCAAAGAGCAGGUAUUGAUGUUAAUUGAAAUACAACUUGCCUAUAUAAAUACCAAACAUGAAGAUUUCAUUGGCUUUACCACAGCCCAGCAGACGAACAACCAAGCCAACAAGAAGACUAAUGCAGGGACGGCAGCAAACCAUGGUGUGGCCGCUCCUUCAAGACUAAUAGUCAUACGCAAGGGCUGGCUGACCAUCAGCAACCUCGGCAUCAUGAAAGGUGGAGCCAGAGAGUACUGGUUCAUCCUCAGCGCAGAGAGCCUGUCCUGGUUCAAGGAUGAUGAGGUGAGGCACUCACACGUGAACAAAUAUCACACCAAGACAACACAACAGUACACUAUUUAA